CGUCCACUGCCUCGGUCGUAGUGGCCAUCUGUCAUCAUCCCCUCCUCUCCUGUUCUUUUGUAUGUUCAUGUACUCCGUACAGCGUACUCCGUAUAUGUACAUUGUACUUGUACAUAUACAUACAUCCUACCCAGCGUAGCCAGCCUAAUGUCGUUCUUCUUGUCCUUCACCAUCAUCCUGUGCUAUCCUCAUCCUCACUACUCCGUAUUAUUAUUAUUGAUGGACGGUUACUCGCUGUGCCACCCCAACCCACACAUCUUCCCGCAGCUAGGCUCCCCCUCCCUCCCUCCCUCCCCACGUUGCCGCCAGUUGAUGGUUAUAUUUUUUCUUGCAUGACCUCGCCCUGCUAUCUGGUUCGCCCGAAUCGUCUCGCGUGGAUCCCCUUGGGUCCCUGUCCUGUGGUACAUUGUACUUGUACUUGAAGUACGUAGUAGUAGUAGUACUCUGUAGUAGUCGUAGUGUGGGAAAACAGUCCAACUUCCGAACGCCAAAACGCAUCGUAUGGGGUAACUACGGACGGGAACCCAGUUAAAAUAAUAAUAAUAAUAACUACGAUCUUUUCGCCGGUCGGAGACUUUUCUUUUUAUUUUUUACCUUCUUUAUUAUUUUUACGACGCCUGUCAAGUGCGUUCUUUUUGUUGUACGCUUUUAUCGUCGUUCCUUUCUGCCUCUACUGGGCCUGCCCCAUAAUUGGAAUGGUCAAUGGUCGAGAUAUGACGGUCUCCUCCAUUCUUAACUAGCGGUCAGAAUCAGAGACGAUCGAUUUAAUCAUAUUUUUUUUUCCCUUUUUAUUAAAAAAAUAUAUAUAAAAAAAAACUAAAAAAAAAGAGAGAGGAAAAGGGAAAAGAAAAAAGGAAAGAAGAAGACUUUGCUACGUCCGUCUCGUCUGCAAGCGCGCCUCUCCCUCUUGACUCUAUCCAUUCAUUACCUUUUUUCCUGAACGACAGCAGACGGGGGCCGCCUGUCUCGGCAUCAACCACUUAACUGGAAAAAGAAAAGAAUCCCUGGCCGCAACCAAGACGAGGGGAGGGGGAGGAGGAGUAUGGCCCAACACCAACCGCCAGUGCCUCAUCGCUUAUCCAGUCUCUCACCUUCGCCAACCGACAAACUACUCCCUCGCCAAUCCAACAUACCUCCUCUUACCGACCUUGAUAGGCUCAGCGCCCAGCAUCCACCAGAUCGCCAUCGAUAUACCGCAAACAACAACAUUAUUGUUGAUCAUGACUUUCUGACCAAGUUCAGCAAGACAGUGCGGACAGCAAGACAGGUUGAAAUACCACCGUCUCCCUCACUGACCAACAGCGGUGGAAGAACGGGAGAAGCAAUUAAUGGAAAUCUGAAUAUUGGAACCGCAGGGACAGGUGUCAUCCCGCAGAGACAAUUGCGCCCAAGGGCGUCGUCGCCCCUCUUGGGCGUCCGUUAUCAAACCCGUCCUCACGAGCCGCUUCCGUCCUUUCAUGCAAAGGCUCACCCCACCCUGCGCCAGACCGACUCAUCUUCGACUACCCUUUCAUCUCAUGAUCCUUUGAAACCGCCUUCGGUUGUUCCACAGCAGGCGCAGGCACCGGCGCAUAUCCAAACGCAGACCCAGGCGCCCAACAACGCUCAAAAACAAACACCGGCAUCGGUUCCCUCCAGGGAUCUGGCUUUUCGAAGCAACGCCUAUUCUUCCAAUUCGUCGACCGAGCCCAAUUCGACAAACAACGGGGACCCCUCGCAGCGAUACCCGCAAGAUCAGAAGGAGAAGUCGGCGUCUUCAUCGCCAUCGUCAUCGUCAUCGUCAAAACCCAAACAUCGCCCCCUGAUGAUUGACCUGUCGAAGCUCUUUCCCAAACCCAGCGAUCCUUCUGUCCAGCGUGACGUGCCGCUAUUAUCCCCCCACCGGAUGACAAUGUCGCCAUCACCCGUUUCCCUACUGUCAGAUGCCUCGUCGUUCGGUGCACAGCAGCGGAGACUUGGCAGCAUAUAUCAGACAGUGAAUAAAUUGACCAAGCCACCUAGUAGUAAGGAACUUUCUGCUCUUCGCAUGCAGUACGAACAGCAGCAGCUGCAGCAACAGCAACAGGGACGGCAACCUUCCGAGCCGUCGCCGGCUUUCCCGCCGAGUAAUUAUUCUCCUAGUCUUUAUGACGGACAACAACAACAGCAACAACAACAGCAACAACAACAGCAACAACAACAGCAACAACAACAGCAACAACAACAGCAACAACAACAGCAACAACAACAGCAACAACAACAGCAACAACAACAGCAACAACAACAGCAACAACAACAGCAACAACAACAGCAACAACAACAGCAACAACAACAGCAACAACAACAGCAACAACAACAGCAACAACAACAGCAACAACAACAGCAACAACAACAGCAACAACAACAACAGCAUCAUUCUCAAUCGUCACAGCUCCCAACCCCACAACUCUCCCGUAUCUCUUACCAGCAGCAGCCGGUGAAAAAGGAGAAAGAACGCUUCUUCCAGUGGGGUAGACGAGAGAGAAAACGGCGUGAGGAAGAGCAGCAGAGGCAGAAGCAACAGGAAGAGGAGCAGCCUCACCAACGCCUGAAACAAGAGCAAAAGGACCGAGAACGGAAGCAACGGGAGAAGCUUGAACGGGAACAGCAGCAAAGGAAGCAGGAACAGAUGCAACAGGAAAAGGAGGAGCAUUUCCAGCGCCAGAAUCGUGAGAAACAAAGGAGAGAGGAACAUAAGAAGAGAAAGGAGGAACCAGACCAGUAUCAACGACGCAGGAAGCAAGAACCAAAACAACAGGAGGAGGAGCAACAGCAGGAACUGCAGCAACGGCAACUAAAGCAACAGCGGCAAGAGGAGUUACAGUCGCAACAUUACCAAUUCCCAUUCCACGAGAAGCGCACGAGGCAACAAAGGAAACCAUCUAUCGACUGGUUUGAUGGACCGGCUGGACACUUUAGUGAUGAUAAUGAGGGUGGUGGCUACGAUGAUAAUGCCGAAGCCGACGAGCCCACCCAAUAUGGUAUCCAAAACCCGCAAUCUGUACCCCAGUCAACGUAUCGGGAGUCUGCCUAUUCCCGUGGCAGCGGUAAUCGGGUUAGCGUGCAUUCAAAUGCCAUGAGCGGAACGUCAAGAGCCUCAAGCCGAACGCUAAUACUCUCUCCCGUUCCCACCCCCGAACUCCAUAGCAACACUAGCCCCUUAUUCAACCCUGCAACCACCAGAUUCCAUACCCUUUUCCAUGACUGGGAUCUUAACAGCCCCACUCCACCUAGUGUGGGAUCACCGGCUAUCGCCUUUGGGGGUUUGUCCAGGAAAAGUAGCAAGAUCACUUUAAAUAAAUCAGACCUUAACGAGUCUAGUGUGUUGUGUCUUUCGUCUUCAGAAGAUGAGGCUGACGAGGAUGAAAUGGAGGUAUAUAAUAAGCCUGUCCAGCAACGUGCUAUUCGUGAUAGCAUCGCCACAUUCGAUGAAGGGGUGGCCGAAAUUUUCAUAGCGAAAGCCGUUUCCGCCUCUCGCGGUUCUUCUGUGCCUAGAGUCCGAAACACGAGCCUUCCCCCUCCGCGAAUUUCGCGCGGCCACUCAACCUCCUCCAACGUUAGAACCCCAAGCUACCGCCCUUCGAAUGGCAUCCCCACCAUCUCGGAGCCAGACAGCCCCCCCAAGUUCCGCCCCUCCACAUCCCCCUCCCCUGUGCCCUCGACUACAGCUAACCCCAACCUUUUACCCUUCGAUUUCCAACUGCCCGUCCCCAGCACCCAGAAUAGUAUCAAAGCCAUGAACCGGCGCAGCCGUGUCAUUGCCGUGACUAGACAGGAAGAAGAGCUUCUCGAAGUCAUAAGACAGCACGGCGGGAACAUGCCGCCCAACUUCCCGCUCAUUGACCUCCCCAACCCCGGAACCUCUUUCUUCAACCCAAUGCCAACCACAUUCUCGACGACUGCAACCACUAGCACAUUCCGAAAGUCCCCAACUCCUUCCACCGACCGUCCUCCCUCUAGUCAAUACGGGGGUGGGAGUAUUGGCGACACAUCCUUCCUAGCACUGAGCCCCGGCCUCCCACCAACCAGCGGCAAAGUCGCGGGCAGUACCUCCGCCGCCGGAAGCGACAGCUCCCGCUCCCACCAUGCCCUGUCAGUCUCAGACAGCGGUGGCGACCAUCACUCCAACCCCUCACCGCGUCAAGCUGGACUUCGCCGCGCACACCACAGUAUAAACCCCCCGCAAUCACCACAUCAACAACAACAGCAACAGCCACAGAAGCACUAUCAACUGCAUAGUCAACAGCCACAGCCUCGAGAACUUACCAGUCCAAGCGGCGGUAACCGCAACGGCAGUAGCGGAAGCCCGCUCCACCAGCACCACGUAAUGCUGAUGCAUCCACAACCUCUAUCCUCCUACCCACCUAUAGGACUACCAUUUCCCCUAUCCACAUCAUCGCCGCCAUCGCCGCCAUCACGGCUCUCCUCAUCCCCCUCACCCGAUUCGCCGUUAUUAUCCCCUCCUUCACCUCUACCGUCCGUCACCGCUGCCACUCCAACGACUGCGCCCAAGACCGCCGCUCUGGACGCAGACGUGGUGCUCCCGAUAGAGGAGACGAAGCGACACUCGCGCACGAGGACGGAUAGUAGUAGCGCGAUGGUGUUUGGAGACGGGGAUGGGGAUGGGGAUGGGGAGGAGGGUGUCAGGGACGCCGUCAGCACCAGCACCAGCACCAGCGCCAAAGCCGCGGCCGUCGCGGUGGAUGACACGGAAUUACCCAUCUGGGCGCUUGGGUGGAGUUCGGAGACGCCUGGGUUGGCGGUUGUGCAUUGA